AUGUCUAUUUUCAUGAACACAUUCAUGACAACAUUCAGUGAUCCUGGUAAAAUAACGUCUGGUAAUGUCGAAGAGGUAGAUAGCUUUUUCCAUAACAACGAAUUGAUAUUCUUUGGGGCCAACUACUGUUCUACGUGCGAGACUAUUAAGCCUGCAAGAUCAAAGCAUUGUUCAGUUUGCAAUUGUUGUAUCAUGUUGUUUGAUCAUCACUGUAUUUGGGUCAACAAUUGUAUUGGUUAUUAUAAUUACAAAUGGUUCAUGGGGUUCUUGAUAGCGAAUAUAAACCUCUUGAGUUACGGGGGUUAUUUAUGUUACCAAGCGAUGUCUACUGCAAGAGCGGCAUUUCCAACUUUAAGCUAUUGGAAGACUAUUGUUUCUACAAAUAAUUCAAAUAAAGCAACCGGUAUAUUGCUAAUAUUAUGCGUUAUAUUCAUAAUGAUAGUAAUUUUAUUUACAGGGUUACAUUUGAGAUAUUUAUAUCUAGGCGUCACAACUAAUGAAUGCGAUAAAUGGUCAGAAGUGGAGUAUCUAGUUGACUUAGGUUCACUAUAUCAAAUUGUUGAUAAUACUCUCAACGAAAAGUAUGUUGAAAAGUGUGUGAUAAUGAAUCACAACAAUGAUUCAUACGAAACCGUGUUUAUUAGUUUAAAAAAUGAAAAAGUACUAUUCUCGUCUGACGAUGGCAUAGUACUACGUAAAAUCGAAUCUGUGGAAGACGAUUUAUUUAACAUAUAUGAUCAUGGCUUUGUUGAUAAUUUGAAAGAACGAAUAUUCAAUAGAACGUUUUAUUGA